AUGUCGCUUCCAAUAAAAUCAAAGUCCUUUUCCAUGCUGCAAGAGAAAAGGAGGAAAUUGCAGCUAGACAUGGCGAAACAGCGCAGAGAUCAGCUUAUUUCAAAGAAAAGGGAACAGCUGUUGUGGGAAAGUCUCUCCGCAGGACAAAAGGGAUCCUUUCCGCAAAUUCAACAGAAAGACAAGCGAAAAGAGGAAGCUGUCCGUGAUCAGAAUCGCAGACGCCAGUUUUGUCAAACACUCUGUAUCCCGGAAUGGAUGGUCGAGGUUCCAAACGAUCUAGCAAGAAACUGGAUCGUGAUGCCUCGUCCUGAAGGUCAUCGCUACUUGGUGUCUUGCAAACGAGGCAAAGCGUCGAUUCGAAGUCUGAGUGGCUACACAAAAAACAUAAAAACAAAUCUUCCUGGAGGACAAAUGAACUUUUCUGGGAAUUGCAUUCUGGAUGUGAUCAUUGCCGAUACGUGUGUCUAUGCAAUGGACAUCCUCGUGUUUAACUCCACCGAAUACUCCGAGUCUGAGGCUGAAUCUCGUUUGUUUACGCUUCACAGUCGAUUAUCCGAAGAAUCAUAUUAUCUCAUUCUCGACAAAAAACAACUUCCCAUCAUCAUCGUUCCCUAUUUCGAGUGUUCCGUCGAGAAUCUCUCCUCUCUGCAUGCAAACACUCUCCAUGUUCCGCUCAACGGACUUCUUUUCUUAGACCGCUUUGGAAAGAUGGAAGAAGGCUGCACGCCGCUCCAACUCCUCUGGAAAGACGCCCAAACCGCGACAUACGUGAUCAACACAGACGCGCAGGGCGCAAUCCUCGCGAAUCAAAGCGUCACACUCCUCUACAAGGAUCGUUCUCUUCGCUCGUUGGAAGGGUUUGUCGUCGUCGAGGGCGAGUUGCCUUCGUUUGACGACGACUCGCUUCUUCGCUGCACUGUGGGAGGCGUUCGCGCGGAUUCGGAGCGUCAGCAGUGGCAGUUAGUGGACGUGAACGUUGUGGGGUAUGCUUCCUACUCGAAAACAUUGCCGGAUUCGUAG